AUUGAGAUUGUACUACACUCCCAAAUACCAUUCAAACAAUCCAACCUCACCCAGAUGGCCUCCGUCAUAGCGAGGUUGCCUCCCCACCCAGCUGUGUCUAUCAAUGGAAGACGGCCUCUUUUUGGACUUAGUCCGAUAUCUACUCUUCGUACUUUUUCGGAGAAACCAGUUCGUUCAACAAUUGCUGCAAAGGCCACUAGUCAAGGCUCUGAAUCUUCUACCUCGAUUUCUUUUAAAUCUAUACGGAAUGUUUGGGAUAAAUCAGAAGACCGUAUUGCAUUGAUUGGAUUGGGAUUUGCUGGUAUUGUUGGUGUUUGGGCAGCAAUAAAUCUUGUUGCGGCUAUCGACAAACUUCCUAUAGUCCCAAGUACGCUUGAAUUUAUAGGAAUAUUGUUUUCUUCUUGGUUCGUAUAUCGCUACCUCCUGUUCAAACCUGACAGAGAAGAGUUGUAUCGAUCAGUGAAUAAAUUGAUCUCAGAUGUCUUGGGUCAGUAACUCGAAAGGAUUAUGAAUAUGUAAUUUAUGUAAUGUAAUCUCUAUACACCUAUGUGAAGAGAAAUAUUGGUUAUAAAACCCUGCUGUUUGUGCUGUGAUGUUCAUAUGGUAUUGUGAUCUUUGGUGAUUUA